ACGAUGGUGCGCGUCGACCAGCCCAGGUAGCCGACCACGUGGUCGCCCACCUGGAAGCCCUUGUUCUUGGACACCAGGACCCUGCGAGGAGAGGAGCCAAGUUACGCCAAGAUGUUCGCCGCCGUGGUGGCGUACGUCGUGGUGCUGCUCCAGUUCCAGCAGAGCGCCGAGAACGUCUAGCGCGCCCAGCGCCCCCCACGGCAAGGACGAAUGAAAUAAUAAAGUCAAUAAAUAAACUCAAAUGAAUAACUGAUGGCGAUUUGAGACUCCUGAAGUUAACUGCAUCGAUGCCCUGACCUAUGCAUGACAAAGAAUCUUCCCGCGGAGAACACGCCUCGGGUGUCGCGCACCCGAGCGGAUAGAAUAACAGAUACCAAAUUUUCCGCCGAUCCCCACCUUGUGAACCAAACACGUUAUAUGAAGAGCCAGCCUCUCAGUCGCUUUAUUUUUUUAUUUUUCUAAACCGCCUGUCGGUGCGUCCGCUCGAUGGUGGCUUCGGCGGCGGCGCAUGGAUAAAGGAUGGCCCGCUGGACCCUGGACCGGGCAGCGGUCGGUGGCCGGAAAGCUCCAGCGCUUCCAGCCCGCCUCCAGCAGCCUCCAGCCUGCUUCCAGCAGUCUCCAGUCGCCCGCCUCGCCGUCGCCACGCUCUUCUUCUAGUCCUCCAGAGAUGGCCUCUGCCGCUUGGGGGGCCUGCGCGCUGCUGGCGGCCGUCUGCAGCCUGUGGUUCGCGUGCAGCACUGUGGACGCGGUAGGAUGGGCUGAGAAAUUCGGAGACAACAUCAACCUGACACUGUACCUGCGCGACCAGAACGUCACGUUCAACAUCAACGACUCCGCCAAGAUCCUGGCGCACCGCGGCUUCGACAAGGCCAAGCCCACCGUGCUCUACAUGCACGGCUACACCGAGUCCAACCAGAGCGCCAGCGUGGGGCUGGUGGCCAACGCCUUCCUUAAGCGCGGCGACCACAACUUCAUCCUGGUGGACUGGAACUACUACGCGGAGACCCCCUACGUGAGGGCCUUCUUCAACCUCUUCCAGGUGAGCCACGCGCUGGCCCGCGCCAUCACGCGCAUGGUCAAGGCCGGCCUCCGCAAGGACUCCCUCUGGAUCGUGGCGCACUCCCUGGGCGGCCAGCUCGCCGGCGUCACCGCCAAGGACCUGGACUUCAAGCUGCCCCGCAUCACAGCUCUGGACCCCGCCCUGCCCGGCUUCACGUUCGAGGGCAUCCCCAACCUGAGCCCCGAGGACGCCGAGCUGGUGGACGUGAUCCACACGGACGCCGGCUUCUUCGGCUUCACGCAGCAGAACGGCCACCUCGACUUCUGGCCGAACAACGGCACGCGCGUGCAGCCCGGCUGCCCCAACUACACUGGCGUCGGCCUCUACGACGGCCACUGCAGCCACCACCGGUCCUGGCACUUCUUCGCCGAGGCGCUGGCCAACGAGACGGCCUUCCCGGCAGUGCGCUGCCCGUCGUGGGAGGACUUCACCAAGGACGGCUGCCAGCACAACGACGUCGUCUACAUGGGCAUCAAGGCCGGCACGGCGCGGGGCAAGCGCGGCAAGUACUACCUGGUGACCUCCAACGAGGCGCCCUUCGGCAAGGGCAAGGCAGGCAUCGCCAACAUCGCCUCCGGCAGCUCCUUCACUGGCUGGAUCAGCUCCAUCACGGGCAUCGGCUCCAAACCCCUGCCCACCAACUGGGGCUGGGAUUCGUAAAGGGCAAUAGUACAAUUUUCCUGGAAUGAUUGUCAGAAAAGUAACAAAAAUCAUACAUGGGGUACCAAAGGCUCCCUACCUACCAUCACUGCACAGUAAAAUGAAAAUAAAUAGACCAGGGGAUCCUUGAAAAAUGGAUCAGAAGAUCUGCACAUAAGUACUGAUUAUGAGCAUAGGGCAAAGAAAAAUCCUACACUUUGAAGAUUGAGUGUUAUUUUGCAUAGCACAGACACAGCAAUCCCACAAAAAUGGCCGACGGAAUCAAAUCUAGACCAGCCAAUAUGAACAAUAUUGAGGGCUGGUCAUGCAGGAUCAUUUUUAUAAUUUUUGCACACAGGUGACCCUAUUUCUUUGAUUUGUGAAGUUGAAUAUCACAUGACACCACACUGUACAGAGCAAUGAAAAAUAUGGUAAAUAUGACAAUUGUAAGAUAAAAGGUAGAAACAAAAUCCAUAUCAUGGGAAAGGUUAGGCGCAAUGAACAAAAUAACACGCAUUGCUAAGUCUACUAACAAGUAUAUACAAUGUUAUCACAAAAUAGAUAAUUUCAUCAAAUGCAUAACAGCAAUAUAUUAUCAGUGAGCCAACAUAUCAAGUACAAAUAAAAAAGAAUAAAACCAAAGCACAACUCAGAUAGAUUCAAAAAAAUUAUCCUAAAACGGAAUGGGCACAUUAAGAUACUGAGUCUAAGGAAAAUGAUUCACACACUGUAAGGUGAUAGCAACAAAAGCACACAGCUAUACCUAGAUUGUACA